UCUGUAGGCUUUAUCUUUCUGACGCGCGCACUCACACUAACCUUGGCUCGACGUCAGACGCUGUGCAGCAGUGCAGUAUAAUGGGAGCGUAGGCAACCCAAAGUGCCUCAUAGGCUGCUAUCGCGAUUUCACUCUGCCUGGCGCUCUCUUCCCCGACCCUCAAGUGUGGAUAUCCCCCGGUGUCUCACCUCAGUCAUCCGAGCCAUGGGCCCCCCCGCCGGAUUUGUUACCUCUCUUUAUGGAUGCCUCGUCUUCCCUUGAACUGGAUGAUUGUUUCUUGGCGCAGUGAAGAAGGAAAUCAUGCCGGGACUGCUAAUGGAUUUAGAAGCGCGAGUGACCAUGCCGUGAUCUUGCGCUUGGCUACAGUCACCCUGCCGAACGACCGUAUCAAAGAAUUCCGGGGGAAUCAAAGCGUACGGGGGAUCACCACUGUGCAUUUUACAAACAACAUGAAGAUUACCUCCCCGCUGGUAACUAGUCUCGUUUUCAGGUUCAACCUCAGGCUGCUCCCGCUUCUGCUGUUGUUUCUUGGAUACUCUCGCGGGAUGCCACACGUUUUAAGAUUUGGAGGAAUUUUUGAAUCCAUCGAAAGUGGCCCAUCAGGAGCAGAGGAACUAGCUUUUAAGUUUGCCUUGAACACCAUAAACAGGAACCGCACACUACUGCCCAAUACUACCCUCACCUAUGACAUCCAGAGAAUAAACAUCUUCGACAGCUUUGAGGCCUCCAGAAAAGCCUGUGACCAACUAUCUCUGGGGGUGGCAGCCAUCUUUGGCCCUUCCCACAGCUCUUCGGCCAACGCAGUCCAGUCCAUCUGCAACGCGCUGGGCGUUCCCCACAUUCAGACCAAAUGGAAGCACCAGGUGUCAGAUAACAGGGACUCGUACUACGUCAGCCUCUACCCAGACUUCUCCUCCCUGAGCCGGGCCAUACUGGACCUGGUCCAUUUCUUCAAGUGGAGGACUGUCACUGUUGUAUACGACGACAGCACAGGUACAGGUCUCAUUCGACUGCAGGAGCUGAUCAAGGCACCAUCGCGGUACAACAUUCGUUUGAAGAUCCGUCAAUUGCCAGCAGAGACUAAGGACGCCAAGCCUCUUCUGAAAGAGAUGAAGAAAGCAAAAGAGUUUCAUGUGAUCUUUGACUGUGGCCAUGAAAUGGCUGCCUGGAUACUAAAGCAGGCUCUCGCCAUGGGAAUGAUGACGGAAUACUACCACUACAUCUUUACCACUCUGGAUCUCUUUGCCCUGGACAUGGAGCCGUACAGGUACAGUGGCGUCAACAUGACCGGCUUCCGUAUCCUGAAUACAGAGAACUCUCAGGUGUCGUCCAUCAUCGAGAAGUGGUCCAUGGAGCGGCUCCAGGCCCCACCCAAACCCGACUCAGGCCUCCUGGACGGCUUCAUGACUACGGACGCAGCGCUGAUGUACGACGCCGUGCACGUGGUUGCCGUGGCAGUGCAGCAGGCGCAGCAGAUCACUGUGAGCUCGCUGCAGUGCAACCGCCACAAGCCCUGGCGCUUCGGGGGGCGCUUCAUCAGCCUCAUCAAGGAGGCUCAUUGGGACGGUCUAACUGGACGCAUUCUCUUCAACAAGACCAACGGAUUAAGGACGGACUUUGACCUCGAUGUGAUUAGCCUAAAGGAGGACGGACUGGAAAAGAUUGGAACCUGGGACCCCCCCAGUGGUCUGAACAUGACAGAGAAACACAAGAGCAAGACAAGCAACAUCACCGACUCUCUGGCUAACAAAUCCCUGCGCGUCUCCACCAUACUGGAGGAGCCGUACGUGAUGUUCAAGAAGUCGGACAAGCCUCUCUAUGGGAACGACCGCUUUGAGGGCUACUGCAUCGACCUGCUGCGGGAGCUGUCCAACAUCCUGGGCUUCCGCUACGAGGUGCGACUGGUGGAGGAUGGCAAGUACGGCGCCCUGGAGGAGAGCACCGGCCAGUGGAGCGGUAUGGUGCGCGAGCUCAUUGACCACAAAGCCGACCUGGCAGUUGCUCCCCUGGCCAUCACCUAUGUGCGCGAGAAGGUCAUUGACUUCUCCAAGCCCUUCAUGACGCUGGGGAUAAGUAUUCUCUACCGCAAGCCCAACGGAACCAACCCUGGGGUGUUCUCCUUCCUCAACCCUCUCUCGCCCGAUAUCUGGAUGUAUAUUCUGCUGGCUUGCUUGGGUGUCAGUUGUGUGCUGUUUGUCAUUGCCAGGUUUAGCCCCUACGAAUGGUACAACCCGCAUCCAUGCAACCCGGACUCAGACGUGGUGGAAAACAAUUUCACACUCCUUAAUAGUUUCUGGUUUGGUGUUGGGGCUCUCAUGCAGCAAGGCUCGGAGCUCAUGCCCAAGGCCCUGUCCACCCGUAUCGUGGGGGGCAUCUGGUGGUUCUUUACCCUCAUCAUCAUCUCCUCCUACACCGCCAACCUGGCAGCCUUCCUUACCGUGGAGCGGAUGGAUUCGCCCAUCGACUCAGCCGAUGACCUGGCAAAGCAGACCAAGAUCCUCUACGGAGUGGUGGAAGAAGGGUCUACCAUGACCUUCUUCAAGAAGACCAAGAUCUCCACCUACGACAAGAUGUGGGAGUUCAUGAACAGCAGAAGGCACUCUGUGAUGGUGAAGAACGUGGAGGAGGGGAUCCAGCGCGUCCUCACGUCUGACUACGCCUUCCUCAUGGAGUCCACCACCAUUGAGUUUGUCACGCAGCGCAACUGCAACCUUACACAGAUAGGGGGUCUCAUCGACUCCAAGGCCUACGGAGUCGGAACGCCCAUGGGCUCUCCGUACCGAGACAAGAUCACCAUCGCCAUCCUGCAGCUUCAGGAAGAAGGGAAGCUGCACAUGAUGAAGGAGAAGUGGUGGAGGGGGAAUGGUUGUCCAGAGGAGGAAAGCAAGGAGGCCAGCGCGUUGGGGGUGCAGAACAUCGGAGGCAUCUUCAUCGUUCUGGCAGCAGGGCUAGUGCUGUCUGUGUUUGUGGCUGUGGGGGAGGUCCUGUACAAGUCCAAACAGAACGCCCAGCUUGAGAAGAGGUCCUUCUGCAGUGCCAUGGUGGACGAGCUGCGAGUGUCCCUCAAGUGUCAGCGGAGACUCAAGCAGAAGCCCCCGCCACCUGCCAUCGUCAAGACGGAGGAGGUGAUCAACAUGCACACGUUUAACGACAGGAGACUCCCCGGGAAGGAGACCAUGGCGUGAGCUCUGAUCAAUACCAAUUCCAGUCAGUUGCCGGAGGGGGGGGGGGGGUUCCGGGGGGGGGGAGUCAAACAACGUUGACAUAUGACCACCAAUAAAAGGUAAUCGGUCAAGUACUGUUUAAACACCACCACCCACCACCACCCAAACCCCCGCCCCCCACUGCCCCCCCACCAUCACCCCUCCAGGUUUAGUAGACAGAUGUUUCCUGUGGAAAUAUAGUCUGAGUGUGACUUCCGGCCACCACUAUGUCUCUUCACUGUGAUGGACUUUCUGGGAGGGACCUUUGAAGGUGACAGAAGGUGACAUAUUCUGAGAUUGGGAAACAUUUGGUUAGGUUCUCACAAGUUCUCACCAUUUUCCAUCCAGGCCUGUUUGGACUGGCUUUAGUUCACACAUAUACACACACACACACACACACACACAUUUGCACCCACAAAUCCACAGACACAUGCACACACCUAUGCGGAGCAGGACACUGUAACUUGGCCAGUUACAACCCAAGAAAUAAGUUGAUGUUGGGAUUUUCGUUGAUGUCGGUUAUACUUCUGUCAGAUCUCCAUACGUGUGUCCCUGUUGGUAUCUGUAGAAUCUUUCUGGAUAAUUGUGGUCAAGACUGAAGCAUCGCAUAUCAUGAAAAAGAAUGUUACAAAGUGCCAUACUGUUGCAUAAGAAGGUGGUGUAUAAAGAACUUAAUAUUUGUCCGACACUUAGGGUAUGUGUAUUUAGUUUGGAAUCAUUGAUGUUGAAUCCUUUUUUUCUUCUGUGUUGCCUUUAUUGUGCCAAAGUUCUGCCAUUGUAAAGAACUUCUGUAUCAUGCCUUUCACUUUUACUUUGAAAUGCCACAAUACAUGGUGUAAAAAAUGCUAUCAUGCCAACCACUCCCCAAGGUCCACUAUUUCAAGUCUACAUCAACUGUCGAAAGGCAGGAUUUUUACAAAACAAAAUGUUUGUUUUUGUACAAGGACACUUUUUGUAGUACUAUUUCUAUCAUGGUAGACCCCUUACAUGAAUAUAUGUAGCAAGUUUCAACUUGACCAAUUAUCUUCGUCUCUUCUAUAUAUCUCUUUUCACUAUCCCCCAUCCUGGGCCCCUGACUUCUGGCUGGUCCUGUCUCCCUGCUCUCUGUUCUGGGGCCACACUGCCUGCAAUGUGGGGCCCUGUUCUGUUCAGUGAAAUGGCAAGCAUAGCUGGUAGAUUUAUAGACCGCCCCCCCCCCCCCCCCCUCUUGCAUCUCUUCUAAGGGAUGUCUUCUUUCAGGAGCCCUUCCCAAACAAGGGGAUAGUAAACAUUUAUUAGAGUACAUUUUUGCCUGACAGCUAUUGACUACUUCUGCUGUAGGUGAAUGAAUGUAGACAAUUAUGAUGAAAAAAAUAGAAAUUUUAAUUAUAAGAAAUGGAGAAGGACAGUUAGUUUGAUUAAUGUUGCUCUACCAGUACUGCUUGUCAUUUUAGAACAGGCUAGACUCAGUGUCGAUGAUUGAUUAAUUGAUGGAGAUUCAUUUGGAAACAUCGAAAAGACUGUUGUCAAAACGAAGAUAAGAUUUAUUUGAUGCAUUGAUGCAAGAUUUUACAUAAAAGUAUAUCAUUAAAAAAAACA